AUGCCAGUAGAUUCUAAAAAGCUGGUCAAAAAAGCUAGUCAGCUGAUGAAGCCAGUUGAGAAACUGGAUUGUGAGACUCCACGAAGCACCACCACUGAUGGUGAGACAAUUACAUUCGAAUACAUGUGGGCAACCCAUCUAAGCGACGAAGAUUUCGAAUGGGUGUAUGCUUUGUUCAAAGCAAAUAUGCUAGACAUGUAUCAGAAGUCACAAUGGGGAUAUGAUGAAAAUUCGAAGCGAAACGAACUACGCGCAACGACGUCUCGGUUCAUCAUCGCUAUCAAUUCAAAAGGUGAAAAAAUCGGCUACACAACCUACCGAUUCGUGGUCGAUCACAAUAUUCCUGUGGCAUAUUGCUGGGAGCUCCAAAUUCUCCCCGCUUAUCAAAACAAGGGAAUCGGAAGUAUGAUGCUCGAUACUCUGGAGCGAUUAUCUGCUAGAACGAACAUGGCCAAAGUGAUGGCUACAGUGUUUCUCUACAACGCGCCAUCGCUCGGUUUUUUCCACAAACACGGAUACGUGAGCGAUGUGACAUGCCCUUCUGAUGACUCUGGACUGGACUACGCGAUUCUUUCGAAAGAAACUCCUUCCUGA